GUACUCCAUUCGAUCACUUAUCUCUCUCUCUCUCUCUCUCUCUCUCUCUCUUCUGGUGGUUUCGUUAAUUCUCGGAUUCGAAAACCCUAACUUAUUCUUAGAAAUUGCGGUCGGAGAAGAAAGCUUUCAGGCUUUCCAAUUGUUGUCGACGCGACAGAACAAGUAAACAACGGUUGUUUUUAGAAUAAAGGAGACACAAGCUUGAACUCUUUUCCGUUUCUUUUCGAAGUCCAGAUAUUUAAAAUUAAUUUCUAGAAGCUGAUUCUAUGCCUGGAAACGAAUUUGGAGAGAGGAUCCACAAUUUCUUUGGACUGGAGGGCCUAUCCCAAGACCAGCAUCAGUCUCAGGUUGUUGAUGGAAGUUGGUCCAGUUUUAGUGAUGGUCUAGUUGGCAACCAGAGGCAGAUAGACCCAUCCCUUAUUGCCAAUCUGAAGAGUUAUAGCACACAACAAUCUGUUGAUCCUGAGAGAGGGCAAUCUUCAACUUCACAGCAUGGUUUAAAUUUUACUCAGCAGCCUAUGAGGCCUGAGUACUCCAGAACUGUAUUACAAGAACCCCAGCAACCCACAAAUGGUUACAUGCGUGGCAACAUUGGGUUGCAGACGAUGCCGAAUGAGGCAAAUUUUUUGGGAAUGGAUGUAGAAUCGAGUAGGGAUAGGUUGUCAGCGAGAGGAUUCACUCCAGACCUUCAUGAAUUUCCUACGAGGUUUGAGAUGGGAGAAUCUCCGGUUAAUUAUGAUUUCUUUGGUGGUCAACAACAAUCAAAUACACAGCUCCCUUUGCCAAGGCAGCAGAUGACCUUCAAUGACAUGCAACUAAUGAAGCAGCAAGUUAUGGUUAAGCAAAUACAUGAAUAUCAAAUGCAACAACAACUUCAAAAGCAACAGCUAGAAGCCAGGCAGCUCAAUUCUUUGAAUUCAAAUGCAGUCAAUGGAAGUCGCUCAAGUGAUAACCAAUCACAUAUGAUUAAUGGCAUCCCUCUUCAGGAUGCGUCUAGUAACUGGUUGCAGCCAGAUCUCAUGACAGGAAAUACAAACUGGAUGCAUCGCGGCAUAUCUCCAGUUGUUCAAGGUUCAUCCACUGGGCUCAUGAUUACCUCUGAGCAUGGGCAGGCGAACUUAAUGGCUCAACAAUUUGAACCUUCCUUGUACGGUAUGCCUGUUAGUGGGACUAAUGCACCUCACAAUGCCUUUUCUUCCAGCCAGAUGAACAGGUUAGCUGCGCAGCAUGGUUCUGCAAACAGGAUUUCCUCUGUCACUAAUCAACCUACUUCAUAUCUGAAUCAAGGUGAUGUACAGGAUAGUCAUAUGCUCCCUAGAUCCACAUACCAGGAGAAAUUAUUGUUCUCCCAGACAUCAGGUCCAAGUUCAAAUAGUAUGCCCAACUUUGAUAGUUUACAGCAAGAUAAUUCCCGUGAAAGGAACAUUUCAGUCCAGGCGAAAUUUGGUCAGAUGGAGGGUUCUGGUCCAUCAGAAAAAUCAUUUAUGAAAGUGCCUGAAAAUAUAAAUGCAGUGCAGAAAUCGACAACAUUAGAUCCAACAGAGGAAAAGAUUUUGUUUGGUUCGGAUGACAAUUUGUGGGAGGCAUUUGGAAACAGCACUGAUAUGAGCUUGACAGGAAAUCUUAUGUCCAGUAGUUCUGACCUUUUUGAUGCAUGCCCCUCUUUGCAAAGUGGGAGUUGGAGUGCUCUUAUGCAAUCUGCUGUAGCAGAAACAUCCAGUGAUGACGCAGGCGUACAUGAAUGGGCUAACAAAAGUACUGGCCCACAUGCAAAUUCUCAUCUUGGUAAUAGGGGCCAGGAUUUGGGUGAAAAGACUUCAAAUACACUAAGCGGGAGAGUCCACAGUGAUUCCACUCAGACAGCUGUUCAACAUUUGCAAAACAGAGGAAAUAGAGUUUCAGAUAAUGGCCUGUUGGAAAAUUCAAUGGCUCAACGAAUCGAUGGGCAGAAUAAUUCGUGUUCUAUUAGAAAGAAUGAGGGCGUUGAGGAUAGACUUGGUAUCUGGAAGGCUGCGUCUAAUCCAAAUUUAGUUGCUCUGAAGGAACAAACUCCUAAAAUGCAAAGGAUAAGCUAUGGAUUUGGCAGUGCUGGUGCAGGAAACGAUUCUAGGCAUGUCCAGGGAAAUAUCCAACAACAUUUGGAUAAUAACUCUGUGGAGAAGGCUAUCCCUCAUCUGAAUUCUAGAGACGGCAGUCAGAUUCUCGAGUCAUAUUCGAGUAAUAAUGCACGAUCAAAUGAAAUGGUAAAUGCCCGUGAUUUUUCUAUGUUGCCUGGCGGAAAAGACACACAAUCUGGUCUUGUCGGUAGUAGGCCGUCGAUACCUCGCAAAUUUCAGUAUCAUCCCAUGGGUAAUAUUGAUGUCACUGAUGAGCCUUGUCGAGGAAAAUUUUCUCAUUUUGGGCAGUCAAACUCUCUAGGUCAGCCUGCUAUGAACAUUCUGAUUGACAAGGGACAUGGUUCAGAAAAUUCACCUAGUACUUCUGCGUCAGCCGACAGGUGUAAUCAAGUGAAUAGUGCUUCGUCAAGGCUUGAGCUUCUUCACAAGGUGGACCAGUCGCCGGAGAAUUCCCCGGAAACAAAUGUUUCUGGGAUUCCUGAAGCAAAUACCUCUGCAGACUAUGGUGGUCAAUUUCGGCAUAAUCAGUCAUAUGCUUCUCAGGGGUUUAAUUUACAGUUGGCACCUCCAUCUCAACUAGCUCCCUCACCUGAUAACGUGCAAUUUUCUCAGAAUUCUUUGCAGCCAUUAAAUUCAUUUCAUACUGGCCCUGAAAAAGGAGGAACAAGUCAGUCCAGGUUUGCUCCGUGGGCAUCUAAUCAAUCUUUUCAGCAAUCCACUCAUCAAGGACCAUUUCCUGGAAUCCUAGGAGGAUCCAGCAUGACCUCUGGUUUCCCUUAUUCCAGAGGGUAUCACCAAAAUCAACAGAUGCCUGUUGCUACCCGACAAUCAGCUGCUAAUAAUUCAGGCAAUUCAUCUUCUGAGUUGUCUACCCCUCAAGUGAAAGAAAGAGAUGAACGUAGUGACUUUGAUCAACGUGGACAUUCAGCACACAACAAAAAAGGAGAUUCAGCUGAAGGAUUUCGUAUGCUGUCUGCUUCUCAGCCUCUGGUUGCAUCCAGCUCGCCUCAGCAAAGUUCCUCUUCUGGUAUGAUGUCUGACUCACCAGCCGAUAUUUCAGCACCGCAACAUCGGUUUUGGAACCAGCCAUUUAAGCCUCAGCCAGAUCUUUUACGGCCGCAUCCAUUGCCCAGCAACAACAUGGCAGGUAGCUUCUCAAGGCAGGAGAAGACAAAUCAAUUAUCCUCCCAAAAUGGAGACGUGUCAUUAAGUGGGAGGGACAUGGUGAAUAUGCAUGGGUUACAGAGUAAAGAUAUGGUUGUAAAACAGACAUCUAAUGUUGCUUCAAUGUUCUCCAAAAUGGUGCAGAGCAAUCAUCAAUCCUUUGAUCGCUCUCUUCCUUCAAACAACCUUCCAAAGGAUAGCUUACAUCACGAUGAACAAAUGGCUGGAAGUGGGGAGGGCGAUGCACCCAAGAUGACUGUGAAGAGAGUUGAGAAUAGUGCUAUUGAUCCUCAAAAGGUAGCUCCCAAAGGGGAGCAACAAUCACCUUCAAGAUCUGAUGGUUUAGUUAGAGAUGGAUUGAAUCACAGGGAAUCAGCGAACCAAAUACCGUAUUUUGGCCAAAAUGUUUCUCAGAGUUUCUCCACUAAGAAUCAUUCAGCCUCAGCUGGAGCAGAUCAUCAACAAAUCAGUCCUCAGAUGGCUCCAUCCUGGUAUAGUCAAUAUGGGACUUUCAAGAAUGGACUGGUGCAACCUGUGAAUGAUACAGGGAGAUUCACCCCCUUAAAGAUAGGAGAACAAUCGUCUAAUGUUGGGAGUUCAGUUGAUGGCACAUACUCUGUUCAAUCGCCACAGCACUUUAAUAUGCAGCAAAUAUCAGGCUCCACACUAGGAGCAGAUAUUCCCUCAUCUGAGUCAUUGCCUCAUGGUGCUACUGAACAACUUCUGAAGGUUAAUAAACCAAAGAAGCGCAAAACCGCCACAUCAGAACUUCUACCUUGGAAUAAAGAAUUCAUGCAGGGUCACCAGAGGCUUAAGACUCUCGGUGAGGCUGAAGUUGAUUGGGCCAGAGCAACCAAUCGAUUUGCUGAAAAAGUGGAAUUUGAGACUUUACUUGAGGAUGGCCCACCAAUCAAAUCAAAGAGAAGGCUUAUAUAUACAACACAUCUCAUGCAACAACUAUUUAAUCCGCCUCCGGCUAGGGUGAUAUCUUUGGUUGCCAGCUCAAAUUAUGAGUUUGUUGCAUAUACUACUGCAAGAGGUGCACUAGGAGAUGCAUGUAGCUCCAGUUGUACCGACAGGAGUGAGGGCUAUUCGCCCCCGAACAAUUCAAACCCGUUGUCUGAGAGAACGAAAACUGAGAAAAUCAGUGACCAGUACAUCUCCAAAGCAGCUGAAGAUUUCAUUAGUAGAACACGGAAACUAGAGACUGACUUUGCCAGGUUAGAAAAUGGAACUACAAUUCCAGACUUGAGAGUUGAAGUCCAGGAUCUAGAGAAGUUUGCAGUGAUCAAUCGUUUUGCAAAGUUCCACCCACCAUCCUCAUCUAUGGACCGGACGGUGAAUUCACUUAGGUUAAACCCACAAAGAUAUGUUACGAUAGCUCCAAUGCCUCAGAAUAUUCCAGACAGGGUACAAUGUCUCUCGCUCUAACCAAUGAUGAAUCCAUAAAUUUUCCACUUUUUGGCCAAUCUUCCCCAUUCAUUGCUUUCAUAUAUAUCUUUUGCCCCAAAUGUUUCAAUUUUUUUUGGGUGGGCACGAGUUAGUUGGUCGGAACCCUGAGAUCAGUGAAGGCCUCCAUUUGUCGAAAAGCCGGAGAUUUUCUUCUAAAUAUGUAGCAUUACUGUAUGCAUCACCAUAACGUUGUAAGUUAAAUCCAUGUGUAUACUUUAGUAAAGAUAAGUGUCUUAGUACAAAAACCCCAGCAAGUAUAGUAUCACAUCACCUCUUGUUUCGACUUUCUGGUAAACAAAGGAUAUCUGAAUUUUGUAAUGCAUUUUUAUGAAUAA